AUGCAUGAGAUCCAAACGGUAGCCAAGGAGUAUAUAAACGAUGAGGAAGUCAGCCAAGUCGUGGCUGCCAAUAAACGGCAGUCCGGCUACAGCCAACCUCGGCAACAAGGCAACAGAGAAAGACUAAAAGAACAAGCCAGGGAAGGAGCUCCAAGCAAGGCACCCAGGCCAUUCCCCCGGGUCGGGAAAUUCACCAAUUACACUCCGCUCACUUUUCCCAUCACGGAAGUUUAUCAACAAAUAGCCGAGAAAGGAAUCCUGCCGAAGCCCCGGCCACUCAAGGACCGUACGGGAGGAAACAAGAACUUCUAUUGUGACUACCACAAAGGCUAUGGUCACCAAACACAGGACUGCUUUGACCUGAAGGAUGCACUAGAACAAGCAAUAAAGGAAGGUAAACUAGCAGAAUUCUCCCAUCUUAUCAGGGAGCCGAGGAGGCGUUAUCGCGACCAAGACGAAGAAGGCAAAACCCGCUCGGCAAAGCGGCGACAAGAGCCAGAAGACAAAGAUCACGGACUCACCGUGAUCAACGUGGUGACGGCCAAAAAUGCCGCGCCGAGGUCACGAUCCGCGCACAAAAAAGACGCUAAGGUCUUGGCGGUCUCCUCCUCGUUGGCGCGAAACUCUAGGAAGCCCCCCUCCAUUUCUUUCGGCCCGGAAGACCAAUGGUUCAACGACGCCCCAGAAAACCCACCCAUGGUCAUCACGGCCAGAGUGGGAACCGGUCUCGUCAAACGAAUCCUUGUCGACACGGGGGCUGACUCGAACAUCAUGUUUCGCAACGUAUUCGACGCACUGGGGCUAAGGGACGCCGACCUGACGACUCACCAGCAUGGGGUCAUUGGGUUGGGCGACCACUUCAUCAAACCUGAUGGGGUAAUAUCCCUGCCGAUCUCAGUGGGACAGACUCAAGGCCGAAGAUCGGCAAUGGCCGAGUUCGUGAUCCUCCAAGAUUCCACUGCUUACAAUAUCAUCUUGGGAAGGAAGACGAUUAACGAUGUUGAAGCAAUAAUCAACACGAAGCUACUAGUCAUGAAGUUCGUUACUGAUGACGGCUCUAUUGGGUCCAUAAGAGGAAACCUUGAGACGGCAGUCGCUUGCGACAAUGCCAGCCUCUCCUUAAGGAAGAAAUCCAAAGAGGCGUCCGGCGUGUUCCUAGCUGACCUGGACGCCAGAAUAGAUGACAAACCCAGACCGGAACCAGAAGGGGACUUGGAAAAAUUCAGGAUCGGUGACACGGAGGAAAAAUUCACAUUCAUCAACAAGAAUCUCCCGCAUGAGUUGAAGGAGCCCUUGGUCGAAAUGAUAAGGGCCAAUAGGGAUUUGUUUGCCUAG